UAUAUCGACCCAGCUUCUCCUUGACGAAGGACCAAGCCUGAUGUAAAUCAAGCCUACCUUGCCUUUGUCACCGAAGUUAUAUAUGGUUGAUUUUUCAAACACGUGACAGGCGCCGCGUCGCGAUCGUCUUUGUUUAUCGGUCUGCAAAUCUGGUGCAAAUAAGGUUUAAACCUGGAGUAUAAAUACCUCGUGUUUGUCGCCGCACUGAUAUUCCUCAGUCAGUUCCGCCAUUCAUCAUUUCACGCCCGCCAAUUUCUUUACGAUCCUACAUUCAUUCGCCAUGAUGAUCUCUACUACUACCUUGACCCGUACCGCCCGUGUUGCUCUCCAAGGCUAUCUUACAGCCGCUUUCUUCAAAGAAAUUGUCAUCGACCGCACUAUUCAGGUCAUAUCCAGAUCAGAGAAGGUUUCCAUUAGCCUCGUCACAUCCACUGUCUGCUCCUCGACAACUGUCCUUCUUCUAGCCACCGCUAAAGCUGCUCGACAAUUCCUCAGCGACGAUUUCCAAUGCGUCCCCGCUCACAAGGACGUGGACAAUACCGCCGAGCCCAACGCACCUUUUUCUGGCGACAAGAUUGCGGAUGCUAUCGCAACAACCAAGGCUUUUGGAACACCAGUUCAGCCAUCCUCGUCGCACGCAGUGACUGAAUCAAUUGAACCCGCCUUUGACGGUCCCACCGAAGGCUUAUUUAUAAUUGAUUCUGACACGACGCUCAUAGCCAGUGGUGAGUACUUCGACGAGGACGUCUUCUUCGGCGACUGCGUCUCGGACACCACAGACCUUGAUUCACUUGCUGACGAAAGCACUUUCUACGAGGAAGACUGUCAGGUUACAGCACAGUGCCUUACGGACGAUGAGCCUGAAAACACCUUGCACGUCAAAUACGACACUCACACUAUCGACAAUCUAACAAGAGCAAUGUCAGCUCUUUCUCUCGACGAUGUACCGUCUCACAUUUCAACAUACUCUCUCGACAAUGUAUCUUCUCACAUUUCAACUAUUUCUCUCGCCGAUGUACCUUCUGAAUACGACUCUCACACUAUCGACGACAAUCUAACAAGAGCAAUGUCAGCUCUUUCUCUCGACGAUGUACCAUCUCAUAUUUCAACUAUCUCUCUCGCCGAUGUACCUUCUCAUCUAUUUCCUCUCAGCAAUGUACCCUCUCAUUUCAAUUCGACACACUCUCUCGACAAUGUAUCCUUCGACGAUCCCCCCUCUCGCCUCUCAACUCUUCCUCUGGACCAUGUAUCCUCUCAUUUAUUAAUUCUUCGUCCACACGUCGACAAUGGUUCCCCUCAUUCAUCGAAAUGUCAACCUCAACGCACCGUAGUACACGACCAUGCCAUCGACGACCUAGUUCGAAAAAUGGUAGCUCUUUCUCUCGACAAUGUUCCCUCUCAAUUAUCCAAAUUUCAGCCACAUCUGCACGACCACGCUAUCAAUGCUCUACUGCAACAAUCAAAAGCUCUUACUCUCGACAACUACGCAAUCGACACUCUACUUCAAAAAUCAGAGGCUCUUAUCACUGCAUACGAAAACCCCACUAUCGACGCACUUGCUCUCGACGGCAACCACGCUAUCAACGCUCUUCUUCAAAAAUCAGAGGCUCUUGUCGCUUCCAACGAAAACUCCACUAUCGACGCACUUGCUCUCGACGGCGACCACGCUCUCGACGCUCUACUGCACAAAUUAGAAGCGCUUACUCUCGACAACGACUACGCUAUUCAAGUUGAUGCUCUGCUGGACAGAUCAGACGCUCAUACUCUCAACGACAAUGUCUCUCAGCCAUCGAAACACAUGUUACAAGAUAACACAGACGACAGUUCCAGUCACCAGCACUUGCACCGCAACACCACCAACACUCUACUCCGAAAUAUCGAAGCUAUCAAUCCUCGGAAUUUCAACUACGACACACCCUACACGACGAUGCUAUCGACACCGUACUUCGAAACAUGGAGCCUCCUAUUCUUGACGAUAACCCCUAGCAGUCACCAAAACGUCAGCCACAACACACCCUACUAGCACGACCACAGUAUCGGCGUCCUAUCGGCUGCUGAACUCCGCAUGACGUCUACGAACAAAAAUAGAUGACGCAUCUUUUCCAACACGUCUGGUGUCAGGUCCCCUAC